AUAUUUAAGCGUAAUAAUAUUGCACAAUUAUGCUAGGCUUCACAGGCAGGACUAUUGGCCGUCUGUGUUGCCGCAACGUCGAGCUGUGUGUUACCAACUCGAUAGGUAAGCUAACCUCAUUAAUACCAUCAAUCACGGAAUAUGAACCCUUAGCUUCAAUAUGCUACUACACCGGUAUUCAUAGCCAUAGAAGCUUCCAGCUGAUAGUGGAAAUAUGCGCAGUUGAAGGAUCAUUCGUUUGCUAUAACACGGUUGCUGAGUUGAGAGUAGGCAACAAGGUCGUUUCUACGACAGCUUUGCCUACUAGUGCCAAGGGUAUCCUUGAAAAUGUAGGAAGUCGUGUAUCUACCGUAAUAAAUCAGCGAGAUACAACGAUUGACUUGGCUUUUUACAAAAAACAAUUUGUAACAAGAAAGCAUAUAGUAACGAUAACAUUUAAUAUUGAUAGGGAUAUCAUUUUAAGAGACUGUCCUAAAAACAAAUGGUACAUGCUGAGAGAAGCGGGAGUUAUUUUGGGUCGAGUUAAACUGUCGUUCCACAAGCUUGAAAUGCACCGCAGUAUAGUUGAUGGUCUUGUACUCCAGCAGGCACUUUUAUGCGCACAAGAAUACAAAGAACAAGGGCAUAAAAUCAACACAGAUCUGACAUCAGACAGUGCAUUGUACGAACAUGAGAAGCUAAAUUUGUUUUCCAUGGCACUGGAAGGACCACUUAUCGCAAAAGAAGGAGGUGCACAACAAAUGCGGUACUACAAAGCUCUACUCACGGAAGGAACGUGGAAGUGGUGCUAUUGGAGCUCCAAAACAGAAUGCCGUGCUGACAAAAAGGCGCACGGUUAUAUUUCAAUACUAUCUAUAAGCACGGUAAUUUGUCAUCCAACCGACUAUACCUGCUUCUAUAUCAAGUAUUACACACAAAAAGGUACACACGAUAUUAUAUUAAAGGCCGUUGAUCGCAACCGAGAUGUUUGGUGUGACGCGAUGUUCCUCUUCAUUGCGGAAACACGAAGAUAUCUGGAACAUUUUGAAAAUUUUGAUAGCAUCCAACAGUAUUAUAAUUGUUAGUCAAAUGUGUGUGCGUUCUUAAAUAAAAUUCCGUGAUUCCA